AUGGAAAACGCAGUCGCGGGGAAUCGCUCAUCCAUCACAGAAGUCACCCUCCUGGGAUUCAUCCAUCACCCUGGGCUGCAGGUUCCUCUCUUCCUGCUUUUCCUGAUGAUCUACAUCAUGACCAUGGCUGCAAACAUCUCCGUCAUUGCGCUAGUGGCGGCUGACUGGCACUUUCAUACCCCCAUGUACUUCUUCCUGGGCAACUUGUCCUGCCUGGAGGCCUGCUACAGCUCCACUAUCCUGCCCAGGCUGCUGGCCAGCUUCCUGACGGGGGACAGGGCCAUCUCCAUCCACUGCUGCAUCCUGCAAUUCUAUUGCUUUGGUUCUCUGACAGCAGCCGAGUGCUGUCUCCUGGCUGUGAUGUCGCUGGACCGCUACGUGGCCAUCUGCAGACCGCUGCGCUACGCAGCCUUGAUGAGGGUCAGGUCCUGCCUUCACCUGGCGGCUGGGGCAUGGAUCAGUGGGUUCCUGUCCACCGUUGCCAAUGCCUACUGGAUGUCAGGCAUGACCCUAUGUGGUCCCACUGACCUCGACCAUUUCUUCUGCGAUUUCACCCCACUGUUAAAACUGUCCUGCUCUGACACCAGCCUGAUGGCUCUGGUGACGUUGCUGCUUUCUGCUUUGUUCACUCUGCCCCCCUUCCUCCUCACCCUCACCUCCUACAUGUGCAUCAUAGCGGCCAUCCUGAGAAUCCCAUCCUCCACUGGCCGGCACAAAGCCUUCUCCACCUGCUCCUCCCACCUCAUUGUGGUCACCCUCUACUAUGGAACCAUCAUCUUUGUGUACGUCCUCCCAGACACUGACACGCUGAGGCCCCUGAACAAACUCUUCUCUCUCUUUUACACCGUCAUCACUCCUUUUGCUAAUCCCUUGAUCUACACCCUGAGAAACCAUGAAGUCAGGGAGAGCCUGAGGAGGGCUUUCACUGCUAGGGUCUGCACCACCUAG